AUGGAGCCUCGCUUCAGAGGCACCUUGUGGGCGAUCUUCAUCCUCUUCACGCUGCCACGUCUCACCUGCAACAUGUUUUGUCCCAGCGGCUGCUUUUGCGACUUUAAAGGCAGCGUGGGAUGCGUCGGCGACACCAUCACUGAUAUACCGGAGCAGCUGCCGCUCCACACCUACCUGCUGAAGCUCAAUGGCACCAACAUGAACGUCAUCAAGGAGCAGAGUCUGGCCAACCAGGACCUCCUGCUGCGUCUCAGUCUGACCCACAGUCAUCUUCACACCAUCCAUCCUCAGGCCUUCCACGCAGCUCCUCAGCUGAAGUCCGUCAAACUGUCGUCCAACGACCUCUCGACUCUUCCUGCCCGAGUCUUCAGUCCGCUGGCCACUCUGCAGCAGUUGCAUUUAGACGCGAACAAGCUAGAGAUUCUCGCUCCGGAUAUGUUUGAAGGACUUGUCGGGCUGCUGGAUCUGGACCUGAGCCACAACAAACUCACCAGUCCCGCUUCGGAUCUUUUUGACGGCCUCACCAACCUCACCUUUCUGAACCUCGGCAGGAACUCCAUCCGGAAGCUUCCACCCACCAUCUUUAACUCGCUGACUGAACUUCGCCGGCUCAUGAUCUACAACAACGAGCUGGAGGUUCUGGAAGUCGGGAUCUUUGAUAAACUCGUCAACCUUGCGGAGCUAAAGAUCCACCACAACCAGAUCUCUAGCCUCCCACCUGGAGUGUUCUGGCACCUGAGGAACCUGAAGACGCUGACGUUGUCCUCCAACCGACUUGUGGCGGUUCCGGACAGGAGCUUCUACCACAUGCCCACGCUGAGCAAACUCACCCUUUACAACAACCCGCUGUUGUCUCUACCGGACGAGCUGAUGGGCUACAUGCCCGAAAUUGCAGAGUUUUAUCUGUUUGGCACCAAUCUCACCACAGUUCCUGGAAACGUGUUCGCCAACAUGUCUGGGCUGCUGAGGCUCAACUUCCACCUAAAUGACCAGCUGAAGGAGCUGCCACCUGAUCUUUUCUGCUGCCUUCCCAAACUCAUGAAGCUCUCGCUAAAAUCCAACAACCUCAGUCACCUGCACCCGGAGCUGUUCUCCAACCUCCCCACGGUGGGCAUUCUGGCCCUCAGCAACAAUCAGCUGGAGAACCUUCCAGAAAACAUCCUCCGGGGCCUUAGAGGGGUUUUGAGCAUUGACUUGAAGAACAACCAACUCAAGACUCUUCCAGGGGAUACUUUCACGUCAAACACAGCUUUGAAGGGUCUUUCUCUGAGCGGGAACCCCUGGGACUGUGAUUGUGAUAUCAGAGAUAUUGCAAGGUGGAUAAAACUUAAUGAGCCCGUUGUUCUUGACAGCGAAGACGUGAUGUGUCACAGUCCAAAUUACCAGCUGCUCCGUAGGGUCACAUCGCUGCGUAACGACGAAUUCGACUUUUGCGACGCUACAACAGUCCGUAUUCCUGCAACUAGUGAGUCACACGACUUAUCGCAACCAUUUCUCAGAGUUAGAACCCAGCAGCAAACAUCGUUUGCACCUUCC